UAGCUGCCGGAGCAGAGUUCCCCGUGACUGGAAGAGAAAAACGUUGUUCCGCCUCCCUCUUGGUCUCUUGGUCUUCUUGGCGCGCGCGCGUGCAUGUGCUAUACUGUUGCUGCACUAUCCAUCACAUCAUCACAUCACACUUGUCCACUAUAGACACCAGUUAGAUAUACGAUACCUAUCCGCCGUCGUAUCCGAACGGCAUUGGUUAGCUAUACUCAGUACUACAGAGCGGGAAGCAGUUCCUUGGCGGAAGGUCGGUUAGUGCGAGAGAGCGAUCCCCUCAAGUUGUCCUAGUCCUCAAGUGUUCGUACACAUCGUCUUCGAGAGACGUUAUUUCAGAAAUGGCUCCUAAGAAAGGAACAAAGAGAGCAGAGACCGAAGCAGUUGAUCCUGCGCCAGCAGAAGUCGACGUCUCUGCACCAAAAAAGAAGAAGAGCCAGGAAGAGCCCAAAGAGGUGAAAGAAGCCAGGUUACCCAGGGCAGCCAAAAACAAGAAGCCUGAGCCAGAACCCGCACCAGUUAAGGCGCCCAAAAAGGCUGCCAAAAAAACAGAAAGCACAGAUAAAAAGACUUCUGGCAAAAAAGGCAGCAAAAAAGCUGAAGUCAUGGAAGAGGAGCCCGAAGAUGUUGAUAAGGAGGUAGAAGAAGCUGCCGAGGAGCCUGCAGAAAAGCCCGCUAAAAAAGGCAGGGGCAAAGCAACGAAGAAAGAUGCUUCUGCAGAAAAAGAAGAGGAAGACAAAGUAGAUGACAAAAGUUCACCUGCUCCAAAGAAAGGCAAGGGUAAAGCGACAAAGGCAGAAGCUGCCAAAAAAGGGCGGGGGAAAAAAGAAACAGACAGUGACGCCGGAGAAUCAGAAAAAGAUGAGGAAGUUGAAGACGAAGUUGAGUCAAAAGAAAAUGGUGUCGAGUCUGUAGAGAACGGCAAAGAUGAAGCCGAAGAAAAAGAAGUUGCUCCUAAAGCUGCCAAAAAAGGCAAAGGUGGCAAAGCACCAGCAAAGAAGACCAAAGCUGCCGCAAAAGGCAAAGCAGCAGAACAGAAUGGUGAUAAAGAAGAGGGUACGGUGAAUGAAGCUGAGGCUGUUGAAGAUGCUUAGAUUUAAGAAAUUAAUUUUUUUUUUUUCAACUAUUUUUUUUAAUUAUUUUACUAUUUAAUCACCCCUUUGCAUUAGCAAAACAACUACAUUCUAAUCAAUAAGAGUGUCCGAUAUAAUCAUUAAUGUGAGUUUCUAUUAUUUUUAACGAUUGAAUCCGUUAAGCUAUACUAGGAGUGAUUCCGUAAAAUCUAAGAUUGAAAAAAUAGGACUUGAAAUAUUUUUGAAAUACUGUAUGUACAUUUUUCAAUAUGUGUAAUAAUUACUCUUAGCUUAUAAUACCAGUUUUGUACUUUUAAAUACAAUAACGAAAAUGUUUAUUGAAAUAAAAUGAAUUUAUUUGAAUCC